UCGGCGCGGACGGCCGGGACCCUGCGCUUGAGGGAGCGCCGGCAAUGAGCGGCGCGGAGGAGGAGGAGAAAGCGGCCAGGAGCCGGCGGGCGUCGGGUGCCGGUGAUGCCUCCCCAGAUGAAGGGGUCGAAGCAGAUCUGCCCGUUAUAGAUGAGAGAGCAGUGGAGCAGCUGACUGAAGGGCUGAUUUCUCACUAUUUGCCUGAUCUUCAGAGAUCCAAAUCAGCUCUGCAGGAACUUACACAGAACCAAGUGGUAUUACUAGAAACAUUAGAACAAGAAAUUACAAAAUUCAAGGAGUGUAACUUCAUAAUUGACAUCAAUGCCUUGUUUACAGAAGCUAAACACUAUCACAGCAAGUUAGUGAAUAUCAGAAAUGACAUGAUGAUGCUCCAUGAGAAGACAUCUAAGUUAAAAAAAAGAGCACUUAAACUACAACAAAAGAAGCAGAAAGAAGAACUGGAAAGAGAACAGCAACGUGAGAAGGAGCUAGAGAGAGAGAAGCAGCUAACAGCAAAACCUGCAAGGAGGACGUGAAAGCAGAGCAUGCAACAACUUGUCCAAAUUAAUCAUUUCUGCAUUCUCUGGAAUUAAGGCAAACUUUGAUUAAACCAGGCUAUAGUUAUUACUAACAACAGUCUACUCUGGUGUUAUAAAUUCCAGAAUGUUAAUAAUCAGAUUCAAAUUUUUCACUUCAGUCAUUCAGGUUGCCUUCUUUUGUAAAGCUAUGCAGUUUGAUACUAUUACAGUAUAAGUUAAUUUUGUAUAUAUAAAUAUAUAUAUGUAUAUUGGAGAACCUAGGCAUCGUGGGUAUUUAAAUAUCUAUAACUGAAAUAUCUGGUGCUUAGAAUUCUGAGAGCUGUUUGGUGAUUGGCAUAUUUACGUUCCAGACAAAAUACGGAGUCGUAGCUGUUAAAGUUCAAUGCUGGUACCUGGACUGCAGAGCCCAUCUGUUAUUCCCAAUCUGCAUUGAUUCUGGCAGUUGUAAUUUCUUUUCAAUGCCAUGAAUCAGAAAUAGACUUUUUUUUUUACAACCUUGAUUUAGUUGCUUACUGGUUUUUCCUUUUGUGUGAGUAAUUGAGCUCAACAAUUUCGUUUUUAUGUGGAAUUCAGUUAUUUGUAGGAAAAGUUAGUGCAUUUUUUUUUCAUUUAUUCAUGUGCAUUUAUGGGCUAUGUGAGCUAGUGUUGUAUGUUGUCCUUACUUAAAAUGAUCAUUAUUAAUGAAUGUAAUGAUAAAUAUUGUAUGGCUGUUGAUAUCAUUUCUCUGAAUUGAAUUAUUUGCAGCACUUCGUGUGAACUCCUUGGACUCAGGGCCUGGACUCUACUGUGCUGCAUUUUUUCUGAAGUCCUAAUUUCUAUUUGUAAGAUUUUUUUUUUUUUUCUUUGAAAGACCUACUGUUAUGAGUAGUCAGCAAAACAUUGCAGUUCACUUUGUGUGUUUGGAGCAAGGAGAACAAACUAUUGAAGUAGUCUGAAAUGCCUUUUCUGAAGUAGUAAUAGGAUAAAACUGAAGUUGGCUUUUGUUUUGUCUUAAUUGCCAGUGGAUUGCCAGUGCUGUGGUUUAUGUGUAUUUCUGAAAGAAAUGUUAAAGAAUUUCUGCAGUCCAUUUUUGGAGCAAAAUGUACAUAACUGAAUAUUGUUAAGUUUUUUUUUUUAUUUUAUAAUGUAACUUCAGAAUUAGUUUUUAGAAAUUUAGACAAUUCUUAUUAAAAUGAAAUGCCUCAUCCUUAAUCAUCAAGAUUAAUUUCCUUUGAUUUUUCUCAUUUGAUGUUACCUCAGCUGGUAUCCAAUUCAGUGUUUCAUGUUGUGUGUUGGUUGGUAGGUUCUCUGUCUGCUUGUUUUGGGGGGAAAGCUUGUGAACUGUUUUGCUCUUUCCACCCCCUCUUGUUGCCCCCCCCCCAAAUACCAUGGUCACUUCUACUGAAAAUGCAGAAUUCUAACCAUAAAAAUCAAUGCUUUUUGCUAGA